AUGGAGGAAAGCGCCUCCCACGACCCUCCGCCUCUAUCCCCCGCCGACGUUUUCGGAGCGCACGAAGCGACAGGCGACAGCAACGACGCGUUUGCGCAACUUGCACGCGACAGUGAUCAGGCAGAGACGACGGAAGAGCAGAAACAAGAUCGAGAAGAACUACCUAUAGAGACGGCAGAGGUACCUCUGGUGUCCUACAAUCCCUCGGAGCCAUCUGUGGCUCAAGAAUCAAGCGAAGAACAUACCCCCAUCAAACCUGAAUAUUCAGUUCAGAAAGAGCCAGUGGCAGCGCAACCUGCGCUUCUUCCCCAAGAAAUGCCUCUUGCAGAGACCGAGGACAUCGAUGCCAAGUCCAAGAUCUUAGGACACGAUCCGGAAUUCAGUGCUGUCCCUCAGUCUGAACCCGCGGUUGCUCAACCCCAGACGACUUUGAACCCAUCUGUCGAAGACUCCUCGGCUUCGCCUUCAGAUUUCGCGAACGAGCAACAAGAAAAUCAUCCGGUUUUAGAAGCAGAUGGCAAGGAGCAUGGUACCAAUAUCUCGCCACACGCAGAUGUGAUCAAGAUGCGGGAAAAGCAAGAGGCGGCUUCUGUACCCACUCAAGGGUCACAAGAAAACGUUGAAGCAAACGGAUCAUCCUCCGAUGUCACAAUCGAGCCCAAGCUUCCGGCUGCCAGCGAAGGCGAGACCCAGCCUCACGAAUCCCUCCAAGAACCGGUAUCUUCCUCCCUCUUCACUGAAGAUGCUUCUCCUCCGCCUUUCGAUUCCAUCUCUCUCCAAAAUGACAUCGAGACUUCUCAGCCCCAACCUAGGCAUGAAGCCGGUCAAUCGAGGGAGGAGAAGCAGGUGCCGAACAGUGACCACAGCGCCCCAGAGCUCUUUGAACAAGAGUCUGAGCCCUCGGUGUUCGACACGAUUGCGUCUGAAGUGUGGUCUGCUCCCCCUGUGCAAGAAGACACAACUCCUGCGAACCCCAAUGAGUAUGUGCCUACCCCAACCCUUCUCGAACAGGGCACAGCAAGCUCUCCAUCAAAUCAUAUCAAAUCACAGCCGUCAGCCGAGCCUGGGGCCACCCACGUUGCAUUGGAGACGGGUACCCCUGAGGCUGAUGGAGGGUUCAAUGCUCAGCCUUCCCCAGCUGCUGAAUUGUUUGGAGAUGAGCCUGAGACGUCUUUAUUCGACCAGAUAUCACCCCAAGAAGACACUUCCCCCAGCAUGACCGGCAAAGUCAAAGAACCUGCGGCCUCAGGCCUGUUUGAGGAUGAGGAAGAAGCUUCAUUGUUUGACCAGAUCAUGCCCGAAGAACAUCAAAAUGCUUCUGGCCUGCAUGCUGAAAAGGAGGAGAAAGGGGCGUCCAGUAUCUUUGGGGAUGAGGCUGGGGCUUCGCCUUUUGACGAUCUUAUCACUCAAGAAGAGCCAGGAUCUACUGUCGAGUAUUCCGGAGCUGGGGAAAGUAAUGCUUUGUUUGGAAAUGAUCAAAGUGACCGGUUUCCAUCUUCCCAAGACCUGCCGGAGCUUACUCAAGAUCAAGGGACUGAAAGCACCCAAACGCAGUCUACCAACGAUGACCAAGAAGUCCCUUUGGGUUGGUACGAUGACUACGGAGAAUUCCAGUGGUAUACAGAAGAAGAGAGGGAGCAGGUGAGGCUGUCGAUGUAUGGGCCGGCUCAGACCGUAGAAGUGCGUAAGCAGGCCAGUCAGGAUAUUCUUAGUGCAGGCUUUGGUUCUUGUAAGUGGGACCACUCUACCUCGCCCGUAAUGGCUGACGGGUCUGUAGCCAUGUCUCCGGCUUUGCCUCGAAGCCCGGCUGUCCAGACCGAAUCCUUAUUGUCCGAAAAUGCUCUACGGCGUACACCACAACCACAGGCGGUAUCCGAGUUCGACAGCCGCAUGUAUGCGCCACCAGCUACAGCUUCCUCAUAUGCUCCGAGCAACACAUCUCAAUCGACAUAUACACAUUCAUACACGGACUCUUUGCCCUAUGUGCCUGCGCUCAGCGGCCCAGCGGCCACAAACACAUACAACCCGUACGCACCUAGCAAUGACCCUUUGCCAACUCCUGCGAAAGUUCCUAUCGCUGCCCCGCCUUCUGCUCCCAGUCGCAAUCCAACAUACGACGCCUACGACCCUCCGAUGGCGUUCAAGGCCCCCCCCGUACAAGCUCGACCCAGCUUCACUGUCCCGUCUUCAUAUGCGCCGUCGCCGGUUCAGACAUACGCCCUUGCCCCACCUCCCCCUGCCAAAUCAGAGCCUCCUCAGUCGAGGCCACAACCACUCCCGCGGACAGCAUCGAACGCUUUUGACCCUCCUCUGAAGCCUGUGUCUAAAGCUAUCCCCAGGCCGGCUUCUGCCGUCAAUGCUGGUGCGUCGCCAUAUGGAUUCGCCCCCAUGGCAGUUCCACGGGAAGCCUCACAGAUGCCACCGAUGCCUCCUGCUGGACCUCCUAGAGGCGUGAGCCGGCCCUCAAGUCGGGGACCCGCAUUUGCGCUGCCGCCGUCACAGCACCAGGCUCCGUUAGCUCCACCGACUGGACAACUGAGGAGGCCGGCGAGUAAGAGCAGGCCGCCCAGUCGCGGGCCCGCCUUUGCACCACCGCCGAGUUUCCAGGCGCCACCUGUGCCCGAGAUUCCGUCUUCACUGAAGCGAACGUCGGUAGAGAGUCAACGAGAUGAGUAUACCUCGCUUUCCCACGCUGAGGGGUUGAGGUCGCCGCCUACCCAGAUGACAGGUCUGAUGUCGCCUCCUCGGGCUCAUCAGGCUCCUGCACCGCCAAGGAAAACUACAGGUAUCAGCUCGCCCCCUCAAAACGACCAAGCUAUGACUUUCCCGCCUUAUGAUACAGGGCUGGCAUUGCCACAGCAGAGCCAUCUUCCCUCGGGGCCGCCUGGGUGGACUCCAGCAGAGGAUAGCAGCCUUUCUAGUCGCGGGCCUGCCUAUGCCCAGCCGCCGGCGGUGUCGAGCCAUGAGCCUUCGCCCUACUCCCCGACACAACAGCUAGAUGUGUAUGCUCGUGGGACGUCAGCUACUCAAGCUUUGCAACAAUCUCCUCCUCGCUCUACUCAGUUUGACCAAUCCACACUAGCCCAGCAGCAGCAGAGAGGGUCUUUCGAUGAUCCUUAUGCACCUCAGCAUUAUAUCGACGAGCUUCAUGAACAGUACGGCAGUCAGGGUCAGCAGUACGGCGGGCGAGGGGAGGAGCAGCAGGAGCCUAUCGGAAAGAGACCUGACAGACAGUAUUCUGCGUACGAGCCCUAUGUGUCACAUCAGGAGCCUGUAAAGAUCGAGCGGCUGGGACAAGCGUCUUCGCCUGAACCUUCUCCAUAUGACUCGCCCUAUGCGCCCGCAACUCUACCACCUCACCAGGCCACGGCUCCGUCUUCUCGAUACGCACCACCACCUUCUUCAGCGCCUGCUCCUGCUCCUUCUAGGCACCACACUGCUCCCUAUGGAGCUUAUGAUAGUGACCCCUAUGCUGCACUUCCACCCUCAACUGCGCAAAAAACUUCGCCAUACAACCCCGCCCCCCCAGCGACCUUCAACCGCGCUGCUUCCCCUGCUCAUAGCUCAGUCUAUGGAGCCUCUCCCCCAUCUGCCAACUACUUCCAGAGUAUGUCUGCUCCCCAACGAAGCGAGUCGGUCGAUACCUCGUACAUUCCUCAGCAAAUACUUGAACAGAGGCCCAUCAGCGAGGACCCCCUCGGACGCACGACAUUAGUUGCUAGAAAUGUCCCUAUCGCCAUCUUUGGCUUCGGCGGAGUGUUGGUCACUGCCUUCCCUGGUGCUUCUCAGUCUGACAACUUUGACAAAGGGCACGAGCGUCUCCCGUCUUAUGGUUAUGCCUCUCACAGGGGCCAGCUCUGGAUUAGAAACCUGAGUGAAGUCGUAGCCCCUAGCGCCCUGAAGGUCGAUCUAUCUGUUUUCCCGGGGCCUCUAGUGAAUGAGCCUACGCCUGUCAAGGGCGGUGCCGCGAAGAAGAAAGAGGGCGUGAUGGAGUACGUCAAGACGCGUGCAGAGGAAAUUGAAAAGGGGCUGCCGUAUCUCAAGACCGCUGCCAGUAAAACACGGCGAGAAGAAGAGGGAAAACUGGUCUUGUUGAGAUUGUUGGAGGCUAUGAUCGUGGGAGAAGGCAAGUUAGGUGGCAAACCGGAUGUUGAGGACGCCAUCAGAGUUGCUCUUGCCAACCCUAACUACUCGAAUUUGUCUUCAGCGAAACUAUCUUCUUCUUCUACCGCAGCCAUGCCCACCUCUCAAUAUGCGGGUACGGCCGCUUCCGCCCCAGCUGCUGCCGAUGCCUCUCAAUUGAGCUAUAUCUCAAGUCUGAUUGCCCAGGGCACAAAACGAGAGGCUGCUGAAUACGCUGCCGAGCAAGGUCUGUGGUCUCAUGCUCUUGUCAUCAGUAGCGCCGUGAGUGUGGAGCUGUGGAAGGAUAUGGUGAAGAAGUUCACUACGGCCGAGCUGGAUGGGAGGAGUGAUGGAACUGGAGCUAUCAAGGCGUCUUACUCAUUGAUUGGUGGGAUGGAUGCUGCCUCCUUGGAAGAUCUUAUCAAUGCUGCAUCCAUCGGCGAGGAUCCUACCAAGGAUCAAUGGCGAGAGGUCAUCUCGGCCGUCUUGUUCAACGCCAAACCCAAUGAGUUGGCAUGUCUCGAUGAGCUUGGGUCAAAGUUCCUCGGUUUGGGCCUGACCAAUGCUGCUAACGCAUGCUUCCUUCUUUCGCCAUUAUCUCCCUUCCUGGACACCAGUCCUGCCGCUUUGGAUCGGGGCCUCAUGUUCGCCAACGAACGCGACGAAGACAUCAUCAUUUUUGCCGAGAUCGCCGAGUAUGCGAGAAACUUGGUGUCUCUGCCCAGGGGCCAAGAGCAGAUCUGCACCGGGUUACCUCAGUUGCUUCCCUACAAACUUGCACGCGCCUGGCGACUGGCAGAGCUGGGUGAAACGGAAUUGGCGAAGAGAUACUGCACUGCUAUCGAAGCUGGUACCAAACCUCUCAUCAAGGGAGCUCCCGCUCAGAGUCUGCUGUCUCCUGCUUUCCGAGCCAGCCUGGAGGAUCUGCUUGAGCGUUUGACAGGCACACCAUCUGUCAACCCCGCCAAGGUCCUUGCCGGUGGUAAACGAGGUAAACAACCUGGCAUCGACAAGAUUGGAUCCUGGAUUGAAGGUCGUCUCAGCAAGUUCAUCGCCGGAGAAGAGGGGGAAGAGACCGCUCCCAAACCCCCUACUGCUGGUGGAAAGAGCUCUGGUCCGUUUGCUCACUUCAGCGCUGUCUCUCCCGAUCUUUCUGGGUCGGUCACUCGCAAUCCUUCUAUGGCAGACGUGCCCAGUCACAAUGCCACUAAUGGUUAUUUGGGUGUUCAGCCGGCAUCUAGAGCUACUUCGCCUGCGAGCCAUGCCGUUGACAAUCCUCAAUCGCAAUCGUACCCUUCGCAGUCGCCCUAUGGGGUGCCGCAGACAUUGUCGAGAACAAGCUCUCCUUUAGCUACUCCCAAUGCCAAUACCUACUCCAGUGCGAACAACCUCUCGUAUGGGGGUCCCUAUAGUCGACAGUCGCAGCCUCCCCAUGAUGGAAGUUCUACCGCUUGGGAUGCGUCUGCGGAGAAUUUGGAGCUUGAGUCCGAGACUCCUCGUGCCUACGAAGUGCCACAAAAGUACGGAGAGGAUGAUCUGUACAAUCCCAUGGCGCAACACUCUUCCGGCACAGAUUCUUAUACACCUCCGACCUCUGGGCCUUCUAAGCAGCAAGCUUCUUAUGAUCUCAACGACGAUGAUGAAGACCUUGGCUUCGGCAACUCGUCAUUGUCCAAGGGACGCACUGUAAAGCCAGAGGCGGACUCCAAGAAGGCAGGAGCUGCUACCCAACAGGAGGAGCCAAAACAAGAGAAGAAACCCGAGCAACCUCAAACAACAUCAUGGCUGGGGAAGCUGUGGGGGAAGAAAGAGGGGGGGCCUAUCAGGGCCAAGCUGGGGGAAGAGAGCACCAUGGAGUUUGAUAAAGCCUCUGGGAGAUGGGUUGUCAAAGGCGCGCAGGCCCAAGUUUCCGCUCCUUCUGCGACCCCUCCCCCUCCCAGAGCUCAAACUGCCUCGCCAUCCCGAGCUGCUACUCGUCCAGAUGCCUCAAGGGCUAUGUCGGCAACGCCUCCUAUGCCGACGAAUCCCUAUGCCACACAUCCCCCCGGCGCCCAAGCCCCUCCCUCAUCAGGCUCGUCUGCCUUUGCCGAAGCUCCGGAUGGGGGCAUCAAGCGGAUGAAGUCCUCCUUGCCUGUGGCCCCGCCAUCAAGCGGACCGCCAUCUGGUUUACCCUCACGCCCUCCAUCAGGGCCACCUUCUUCCGUCCCUCCUAGCAGACCUUCUACAGCCAGCUCUUCGCUGGAUGAUCUACUGAGUGGUGGGCCCAGGCCUGCGAGCAAAAGACCGGGAUCGGCGCUGAAGAAGGGUGCAAGAAAUCGUUACGUAGAUGUGUUCCAAGGUGCUCAAUGA